AUGUUACAAAUUCGUGAAUGAUCGUCAGCCCUUCUACUUAGCAGAAGAAGCAUGUCAGGCAAUCGGAGGCCACCUGGUUUCUGUGGAAAACGGUUUCGAGAACGCUAUGCUGGCCGACCUCUCCAAAUCUGGCACGGAAUACAAAAAAGAUUCCGAUCUUACGUGGAUCGGAUUGACGCAGGCUAACUAUCCAACAGACACCAAGUGGACAUGGACCGACGGUACCCCUCUGGACUACUUCAGAUGGGCGCCUGGAGAGCCUAACAACCUCAAAGGGCUAGAGCAUUGUGGACAGACCCAUAGUGACUACCUCGGCAAGGAUCCGGCUAAGGACGACGCAUACCAGAAAUGGAACGAUUGUCAAUGUACUGAAGAAAUGCGAGCUUACGUCUGUAAGAAGCCUGCUAUGCAUUGA